AUGCCCAGUACAGACGCAGAGGCUUCACGAGCUGACGAGCCCGACGCGCAAGCAGGUCCUGCCAGCGGCAAGGCCAAGGCGGAGGAGACGCAAGUUUCACAAGAUGAUGACCCGCCGGACAUGACGCCUACUGACUCUGAUGCGCAGGAAGAAGAGCUGGUGAUGAGUAAGUAUGACUCGCUGGUCAGAGAUGUGUACGUGCUGCUGUCCGCUGAUGACCCUCUUCUGCAUGCGACAGUGCCAUGUAAGCACCUCUACCACUCCUCCUGCCUCCUUCCCUGGCUAGCAAAGUCGGGCACUUGUCCAGUCUGCCGCAUCAGCAUCACGGGCGAGACGAGCCCCUCGGCAUCGGGCGAAGCGGCAGCAGCGACGUCCACUGCGUCUGAUGCUACUUCAUCUGCAGCUUCAGCGUCUAGAGCUGCUCAUGAUGGGCUAGGAGUGCAAGGCGAUGAUACGGACGAGGAGAUGGAGCAAGAUUCGCCGGAGCGCAGAAGAGAACGUAUGAGGACUGCUGCCGAGCGCAGAGCUAGGGGAGAGACCGUCGCUUCAGAUCGCACAAUGAGCAACGAAAGCACCAGCAGACGAAUGCCUGGCUCUUUAGAGCUGGACGAUCUAGACUGA